UUGUUUAUCCACAGCAAGCGUCUUUAACGAGGAAGAGAGCAUAGUUUUGCCCUUAAGUAGAAGUUUCUUUACAUUUUAAUUUUAUACAUACAUUAUUUGAAAAUAGUGACAUCACCCGGUAAUCACCCGGUAAAGAUGAAUGAGGAUAUUCUUACCACCCUGAAAGUACUGAUUAUUGGAGAGAGCGGAGUGGGCAAAUCCAGUCUUCUUUUGAGAUUUACAGAUGAUACAUUUGAUCCAGAAAUUGGUGCAACCAUUGGUGUAGAUUUCAAGGUGAAAAACAUUGCUGUGGAUGGAAACAAAGCAAAGCUAGCAAUCUGGGACACAGCAGGCCAGGAACGGUUUCGAACAUUAACACCAAGUUACUACAGAGGAGCUCAAGGUGUCAUACUGGUGUAUGACGUCACUAGGCGAGAGACAUUUGCUAAGCUGGAUAAUUGGUUGAAUGAACUGGAGACGUAUUGUACGAGAAAUGACCAUGUCAAGAUGCUAGUAGGAAACAAAAUAGAUAAGGAAGACCGUGAACUAGAGCGAGACGAGGGCCUGAAAUUUGCUAGAAAACAUUCCAUGCUUUUCAUAGAAGCCAGUGCUAAAACGAGGGACGGUGUUCAGUGUGCAUUUGAGGAGCUGGUGGAGAAAAUCCUGCAGACUCCUGGCUUAUGGGAGAGUGUGCAAAAGACAAGAGGAGUUCAACUGACUGAACUCUCUCAAACUGGUCACGGAGGCUGUGGAGCAUAUUGCUCACUUGUCUAACACACAAACCAGUAUUUAAACAGUCCAAGUUAGAUUACUUUAGAAACGCAUAAAUACACAAGAUCCAAACACUUUUUUAGUUUAUGUAAUUAUGCAGGCGCACAAGCAAGAUGUUCAUAAGAGCAGUCAUUUGACAUGCUUCCUGGACAGUGGUGAUUGCUCUAAGCAUCGAUCAUUUAAACAGGCCUGCAUGUACCAUCCCCAGCGUUGACUAUUAUUACGACGAUUGCUGAAAAAAAAAAAAAAACAGAUAAGCCUUUGGAGUAAAGUUUUCCAAUUUUUUAGUGAGGAAAUGUAAUUAAAGAACUCUUUGAAGACAUGCUCAUCAUUUUUGUUUAGGAGGGGGCAAACUUGAUUACACCGCUGUACCUCUGAUCACUUUGCUUCCCAGUUUGUAUAUUUCCUUUAGUGUUUUACUUUGUUUUGUCCCAGUGCCUGUGUUUCUUAUUUAGGGAGAGGUAAACACUCAUCAGCCUAACGCAACCUUUCAAACUGCUGGAAUGAGACUUCAGUACAACAGAUUUCCAUCGACAUGCCCUCGCUUGAUGUCUGCAGCAUGUGGAAUCAAGUUUAUCUUUAUUUGGCCAUCUCUCUAUCCCACUUUUUCUUUCUGUCAGUCACUAUUGUUAACUUUCUCUUCUCUAAAUCUAUCUGUGUCCAAUUCAGUGCUAUCACUUUCCCUUUUACUGUCUCUUUGUUUUCACCCAGUUUUUCAUGUCCUCUCUCUCUUUACAGAAUAAUUGAGUUACCAAGGUUUUGGAUCUGUUCUAUAUUGCUUUUAUUGACUUGGACCGGCCACUUAAAAACAUGUUUUUGCAGGUUUUAUCAAUCAGAUUGCCACAAUGACUCUCUAUUGUACAAAUAAAAAGAGGGUUAAAAUAAGUAGAAUAGAGGGGAAUAGAGAUUGUAUAGGUCUAUUUCUUUCCUUUCUAGCUGCUUUAAUUUGGAUGGGAACUUUCACAUGCAGCCUCAUGUACAGUGUACAAACACUUACUGUACUGACAUGUCAGUCUGUUUAUGAGAAAGGAAAGAUGGUGUAAAUAAUGUCCAUGUUUUAAACAAAUUAGAGUGAAUCAUUAGUGUGUGACUAUAGGCAGCAGAGAGAAAUUGAACAAAAGAACAAAUUUAGAAAUACUCAAAUGUUUUUAUUUCCCCUCAAACAUAAGAAAUGAUGAUAUGACACUUAAAGGUAUAGCCAUCACUAAAUCACCCUCAGGUCGUUCCAAAUCACAUACGACAUCUUUUUUUAUGUUGAACACAAGCGAAGAAGAAUUGAAAACAAUGUUUGCGCUGCUCUUUACAUACAAUGAAAGUAAAUGGUGGCUGAGGCUAACAUUCUGCCUAACUGUUCCUUGCUUGUUUUACAGAAGAAAAAGAGUCAUACAGGUUUGGAAUGACAUGUGAGUAAAUAAUGUCAGAAUGUGUUUUUGGGUGAACAAUGGCUUUGAUACUGAUGAAAAAUAAGUAUUUCCAUUCUCCUGGUUUAAUCUGGGCCAGUUUUUAGCAUAAGCUUACUGCUGUGUGUGAUUUAGAGAGAGAGGGCAAUUUAGUCUAAGGAAGUCUCCAGAAGUCUUGUUUUUGUUUUAGAGAAAAAUCCAGGGGGUCCCAGAUGUCUAGUCUUACAUUCAUUGCUUAAAAAGUGGCUGGCAAAGUUCAGCUGAGCAUCAAACUCAGUUAUAGCAUUUUCAGACUGUGUAUGGCGCAUGUGGAAGGAAACAAGGUUUUGUAUGUAGACACGCAGAGAAGUCCUGCUUUGAGGGUUUACUGUAUGUAUUCUUUUUUUUUUUUUUUUUUUUUUUACUUGUUUUGAAAUUGCAAAUACAUUUAUAUUGAAGCUUAUAUUUUUACCUGUUUUCAGUUGCAUGCAAUGUUAUGUAUUUGUGCAUUUCCUUUUCUGUUUUCAUAGUAACAAUCUUAUUCUGCAGCAUUUUUUUUCUGGGCAGUUUGAUGACAGACGUUGUGUAUUUUUUUUUACAUUUAUUUAACCAUUCACUGCUUAUUAGAAUCAUCCCAUGUGAUACAGUUAAUAACAUUGAUUCGAGAGCUUGUUUUGUUUAAGUCAUUGUUAUUCUAUUUUAUAGAUUGCAUAUUUGUAUGUUAGUUACUGUAUUAAUAAGCACAUCAGUUUAUUCCAGUGACUCUAUAAAUCACAAGAAUGCAUUUAUGCAAUAUUGCAUACUGUUAUUGCACAUAAAUGGCUGCAUGUAAAUAUUUGAUGGUAAUGAACUUUUUCAUAAAUAAAUUGUAAUGUUGA